CUCCACAAAUUGGUAGAUUUCCUUAAAAUUUGUGUACAAAAACCAAAAAUUUGAUGAUUUUGAGGGAAGAAGUGGUGUGGCCCCCCUUUUCAGUUAUUUCCCGACUGAGACCAAAAUCAUGUCUACAAAUGCACCCUAAUUGUGGAUCGAUCCACCAAAUUCUCACUCCAAUUACCAAUUCCACCUAUCAAAACCCAUCCCAAACCUAAACCCGCCAGUUUCUCUAGGGUUUUUCCGUCUGAUUUUCACAUUCCAAUGAAAUGAUCGUCAACCCCGGCGAACCCUACAUCGCGCUCGCCUCGAGUUCCGUAUCGGUCACCGGCGAACCCUACAUCGUGAUCGACUCCAGCUCGAGGUCGAUCAACGAGACGGUGAAUGGGACGCACCACUUUACCAUCCGCGGCUACUCUCUGGCGAAAGGCAUGGGCCCCGGAAAGUACGUUUCUUCUGACACCUUCAACAUCGGAGGCUACGAUUGGGCAAUUUACUUCUAUCCCGAUGGGAAAAACCCCGAUGAUUCGUCCGCAUACGUGUCGGUUUUCAUCGCGUUAGCGAGCGAGGGCACCGAUGUGAGGGCGCUGUUUGAGCUUGCUCUUUUGGAUCAGAGUGGGAAGGGGAAGCAUAAGGUGCAUAGUCAUUUCGAUCGGGCGCUCGAGAGCGGGCCUUAUACGCUCAAGUACAGAGGAAGCAUGUGGGGUUAUAAGCGGUUUUUCAGAAGGACUGCCUUAGAAACUUCUGAUUUUCUGAAGGAUGAUUGUCUCUCCAUGCAUUGCACUGUGGGAGUCGUUCGAACUCGCGUUGAGGGACCAAAAUUGUACAGUGUUCACGUCCCCCCAUCAGAUAUGGGUCAGAGUCUCAAGCAUUUGCUGGAUGCUGAACUUGGUUGUGAUGUAGUUUUCAAAGUUGAAAAGGAGUCAUUCAAGGCCCAUAAGUUAGUACUGGCUGCCCGUUCUCCAGUAUUUAGAGCUCAAUUCUUCGGACUUGUUGGAAAUCCUAAUAGUGACAAGGUGGAACUGGAAGAUGUUGAACCAUCCAUUUUCAAGGCUUUGCUUCAUUUUAUUUACUCUGACGAACUUCCUGAUUUCACUGAAAUCGUUGAUUCAACGCCUGCUUCUUCUGCGAUCAUGAUGCAACAUCUAUUGGCUGCUGCUGACCGCUUUGGUUUAGAUAGGUUGAAAUUAUUAUGUGAAGCAAAAUUAUGUGAAGAGUUCAGCACUGAUACAGUGGCAACAACUCUUUCCCUGGCAGAGCAGCAUCACUGCCCACAGCUCAAGUCCAUAUGUUUAAAAUUUGCUGCAACAAACUUGGGAGGGGCAGCAUCUCCAGACCUCAUUGAGGAGAUGUCGAAAUUACAGUUAGUGAUGAAAUCAGAAGGAUUCAAGCACUUGGAACAGAGCUGUCCCUCACUGUUGUCGGAGCUGCUGGAAACAGUGGCAUUGGCGGAUGAGAAGCCGAAUCUCGUAUCAGGUAAGAAAAGGAGCGGCAGCAGCAUCUUUGCACUGGAUUUGGCAGCAGAUGCCGUUGCAGAAUCUGUGAACCCUAAUGGCCGUCGGAUGCGGAGAAGGGGCUAGUGCUGUGGAUGCAAAUUGAAGAUAUAAUGGGAACUAAAGAAGGGGUGUUGGCAUUGGGGUUAGGCCAGAGGAAAGCCCCCAUAGCAAACUGUCGUUUCUGCAUGAGAUCUCCGAGGGCGGGCAGGCCGUACUCUGCUAGAAGGCGGUCGACCAUCCACUCCGGCAUGUGUUGGUACUCCGUUUUGCUGUAUCUUGGAUAAUGCACCGGCAUUUUGAACUCGUUAAUCUCCCUUCCUCCACUCAUUUUUGUUACUAGUAUAAUAGUAGAUGAUGAGAUUUUUUAUGUAAUAAGGUUGCCCUUUUAUAUCUACCAUCUUCUGAAAUGCAUCAUUGUAUGUCAUGACAACCUGAUGAUUUACCUUCUUCUGUUUUCUGUUAUCACUUACAUGAAUUGUGUGUUUAUCUC